GUUUCCAACGGGUAUCCGACAAAAAAACCGAACCAGUUUCAGUUUCUCGGUGACUACAUGAAAGUUUUUUUUGUGACAAAUGAACUCGAGUCUGGCUGCAUUCAGACAGCGGGGAGACAUUUCGUCGCAUUUUAAAAGACUGUGGACUCCGGAGGAAAGUUUAAACCCCUGCGCUGCUCUGAGGAAACGUGAGGCGGGUGCGACUGUGACUGUUAUACCCCUGACUUCUCCGUUUGUAAUUGACAGAGGCUACAGGUUGGUUUUGAUUUAAAAAAACUAAACUACACACCAGGACUGUAUCUGCGUGUGUAUGUGUACGUGUACUGAACUGUGUUUAGCAGCAUGCCAGACAAGUGUUGCGCUGUGUAACCAGUUCAUCCAGCUCGGCGGGGAGUAUCGACUGCUGCUUGAUUGACUUCCAGGUAAACCGCUGCUCGGGUUAACAAAGCACGUCUGUCAACGCCGUUUCACCAUAAUAAUAAUAAUAAUGGCUGGUCUGAGCAAUGUCCACAUGAAAACCUUGGAGGACCUGACUCUGGACUCGGGCUACGGGGCAGGGGACUCCUGCAAAUCCCUCAGCCUGUCCUCCUCCAAGUCAAACUCCCAGGCCUUCAUGACGGCCCCUCACCGGGGCAACUGGUGGUACUACUCUGGCUCCAUGAACAGCAGGAACAACAGUUGGGACACAGUCAACACUGUCCUGCCUGAAGACCCGGAGGACAUCUUCUCUAAGUGUCCCCGCUUACCAGAGCUGGAGGAGUUCCCCUGGACCGAAGAGGAGGUGGCCAAGAUACUGCGUAAGGUGGCUGAGAGUGGGUGCUCUAAAGGGGGACCUACACCUGUGUUCGCUCCGGAGGCCGUGAGGCGGCUGUGUGCUCUCCUCCGCAGGGCUCUGAUCCGUAUCUCAAGAGAGGCUCAGCGGCUGAGUGUCAUGCAUUGCCGUUGCACACGCUUCGAGGUGCAGAGCGCCAUGAGGCUGGUGCUCAGCUGGGCCCUGGCUGACCACUGCGUCUCUGCUACGGUCAAGGCUAUCUCCAUGUACAGUAUGAGCGCCGGGGAGCUGCUGAGGAAAGGUAAAUCUGCCCGCUGCGGCCUCUCCUUCUCCGUGGGACGGUUCUUCCGCUGGAUGGUGGACACCCGCAUCUCAGUGCGCAUCCAUGAGUAUGCUGCUAUAUGCAUGACUGCGUGCAUGGAAGCUCUGGUGGAGGAGAUAGGAGCCCGGGUGCUUAUGGCCGAAAGGGGUCAUUCGGGGCCGGAUUCAGGGUCAGCAUACACCCCUGUGAAUGCAGAAGCCCUCGAAGGGGUUGUGAACAAUGACGCGGAGUUGUGGGGGGUCCUGCAGCACUAUGAGCACCUGAUCUGCGGGAAGAACGCCAAUGGUGUUUUGUCUCUCCCGGCUCAUUUCAGCCCUUACACAGAGAACCAGCAGACGUCUGUGGACUGCAGAGAGGAUGCCUAUGCCCAGCUGGAGCUGAGGACGCUGGAACAGUCCUUAUUGGCUACCUGUGUGGGCAGCAUCUCUGAACUCAGUGACUUGGUGUCCCGCGCAAUGCACCACAUGCAACGUCUGAGCUCAGUGCGCCCAGGGCUGAGCCCAGCCCGCCACGCCCGUCCCCAGCAGCCCGUGUCCUGGUCGCCUGAUGCCCUCCACACCCUUUACUACUUCCUGCGCUGCCCACAAAUGGAGUCCAUGGAGAAUCCCAACUUAGAUCCCCCACGCAUGGCACUUAGCAAAGAGAGGCCUUUCCUGUUGCUGCCGCCUCUGAUGGAGUGGAUGAGAGUGGCCAUAGUUCACGCUGAGCAUCGCAAGAGCCUAUUGGUGGACAGUGAUGAUGUCAGACAGACUGCCAGGCUUCUCCUCCCAGGACUGGACUGUGAACCAAGACAGUUGAAGCCUGAGUGUUGCUUUAGCUCCUUCAAACGUCUGGACUCCAAAGCUGCAACAGACAAAUUCCACCUUGACUUGGGUUUCCGGAUGCUCAACUGCGGACGCACAGAUCUCAUUGGCCAAGCCAUUGAUCUGCUGGGGCCAGACGGGGUAAACAGCAUGGAUGACCAGGGAAUGACACCUCUGAUGUAUGCCUGUGCAGCUGGAGAUGAGGCCCUUGUCCAGAUGUUGAUUGAUGCCGGGGCAAACCUUGACGUGGCGGUUCCGCCAUGCUCCCCAAAGCACCCCUCUGUGCAUCCUGAUAGUCGACACUGGGCAGCCCUCACCUUUGCUGUGCUGCAUGGGCACAUCUCCGUGGUACAGCUCCUGUUGGAUGCAGGGGCCAAUGUGGAGGGGGCUGCAGUCCGCAAUGGUCAGGAGAGCACGGCAGACACCCCAUUGCAGCUGGCUUCAGCAGCAGGCAACUAUGAGAUGGUGAGUCUGCUCCUGGCACGAGGUGCUGAUCCAUUAUCAAAGACCCAUGAUGGAAAUGCCCUCACAUCAUCCUUAUAUGAAGACAUGAACUGCUUCAGUCAUGCUGCUGCACAUGGACACAGGAACGUGCUGAGAAAGCUCCUGACUCAGCCUCAGCAAGUCAAAGAGGAUGUCCUGUCUCUGGAGGAGAUCUUAGCUGAGGGGGUGGAGGGUGAGGAGGCCGGGAUCUGCCCUUUCCUCCCUCUCUCCCCACUCUCUAACCCUUCUUCUGGCCCUGGGGCCGUGCCUGAAGGGGGAAUACCCAGACUCUGCAAGGCCAGGAUGAAGGCCCUGCAAGAGGCCAGUUAUUACAGUGCUGAACAUGGUUACCUGGAUGUCACCAUGGAGCUGCGAGCUAUGGGUGUACCUUGGAAACUGCAUGUGUGGCUUGAAUCUCUGCGUUGUGCCCAGCAGCAGUCCAGGGCAGGAGUUACCCUCUCCCUCCUCAGAGAGUUCACCACAAUCAGAGAAGAGGACUACUGCGAGGAGUUGGUCACCAUAGGCCUGCCCCUUAUGUUCAAUAUCUUGCGUACCACCAAGAAUGAUGCCAUUGUACAGCAGCUGGGGAAUAUUUUUAGUCACUGCUUUGGCCCAGCACCACUUCCAGUUGUCCCUGAGAUGAGGGCAACUCUCUCAGCACAGUUGGACCCACACUUUCUAAAUAACCAGGAGAUGUCAGAUGUGACAUUUGUGGUGGAAGGGAAACCGUUCUACGGCCACAGAGUCCUGCUGAUAACAGCUUCUGACAGAUUCAAGUCUUUGCUGGCAUCCUCUGGAUCAGAUGGAAGCCCCCACAAGAAGAUUGAGAUCAGUGAUGUCAAGUACAACAUUUUUCAGAUGAUGAUGUCAUACCUGUACUGUGGAGGGACGGAGUCACUGAAAACUAAUGUGUCUGACUUACUGGAGUUGUUGUCAGCAGCUAGUCUGUUCCAGCUGGGGGCGUUACAAAGACACUGUGAACUCAUCUGUUCUCAGCACAUCAACCUGGAUAAUGCAGUUAGCAUCUUCAAGACAGCUAAGGUCCAUGGUUCGGUGGAGCUGAGCUCAUUCUGUGAAGGCUACUUCCUGCAGCAGAUGCCUGCUCUGCUGGAGAGAGAGGGUUUCAGGAGCCUGCUUUUGGGACCCCCUGGGGUCCGACAAGGGAAUAGCUCCACUUCUACGCUGGUCCACAGCCGGGGAGACUCACCUCUGGUGGAGCUAGAGGCCACCCUGGCUCAACGACUACGCUCUCUUUACGUAUCCUCUCGAGUUUGAGGACAACAGGACAGAUGCUGAGGAGAGAGGACAGAAAUAAGUGGAAUGUGACAGUUUGAGCAGAAGUUUCAUGUUAUCACUGAUACAGGAUCAGAUAUUUAGAAGUUGGAGAACAGAUGUCUUCUUAGUAAAAUCUGAUCCUAUCCUUUGGUUACUAGCAACUUCUGCAGUGCUUUGACACUGGGACACAGAUCAGUGAGUUGUUUGCCAGCAGUUAGUUUACUCUGUGAACAAUUAAGUGUUCCAUUUUUUGGAAGCACUCAAUCCUGACAUUACUGCAGUGUACACCAUGUCUAUGAAGAAGAAAAUUGGACAAUGUGAUGCUUUUUCUCCAAGGCUCGGGAAGCUUAAGUGGAGAAGCAACAGAUGGAUGCAACAGGUGGGAGCUCUGAAUUGUUAAACACUGCUGCCCUCUAAUGGACAAAACUGGCAAAAAUAAACAAUUGCCUGGGAAGAUUGGGAUCAAUGGCACCCUCCUGGGUUCUAACUGAAGCUAUUAUGUAAAGUGACAAUAGACUGAAGCAUCUGUUCAAAUCACAUGAGGUGGCCAUGCUGGACUUUUGGCUUUGUUCCAUUCCAACUAAUGAUGUAGAGUGGGAAGAAGGAGGUAGACUCAGUGCCUCCAACGUACCUUUUAUGUAACUGUAUGUUUUUAUUUUCUAUUUUUUUAAAAGUAUGAGCAGAGAAACACUUACUGAAGAGUGGGAUGGACAUUUUCUAUUUAAUGAGAAGAAAAAGAUGUGAGAGUAUUUAAUAGGGUGUUCCCUUUUUAUUUUGUUUUUAAUCCAAGCAAAUUAUUAAUAUUAUUGUUUUAAAUUUGCUUCUGUGUACAGGUAGCUGCUGUUACACAAAUAACAGUUAAUUAAGCUCAUGUAUGCUGAGGUUGAAUGCUUCUACACAGGUACAACAGCAGAAUUCAACA